UACCAAUAUAAGCAAUUAUGGAGAAACUUGUUGCUUUCACCUCUUUUCUCUUGUUGCUUCAGUACUAUGUUAUAUGUAGUUCAGCCAUGAACCAAUUUAAUAUCUCCACUGAUCAAUUAGCUCUUCUUUCCCUGAAAUCACAAAUCAUUUCGGACCCCUUUCAUUUCUUCGAUGAAAGUUGGUCUCCAGCUGCGUCGGUUUGCCAUUGGGUUGGAGUCACUUGUGGCUCUCGUCACAAGAGAGUGAAGUCCUUGAAUCUUUCUGACAUGGCUCUUACUGGCAGAAUUCCACGUGAUUUUGGAAACCUCACAUUUCUUGUUUCUCUCGACUUGGGUAGCAACAGUUUCCGUGGAAAUUUGCCUCAAGAAAUGGCACACUUGCGUCGGCUUAAGUUUCUUGAUUUAAGUUUUAACAGCUUCAGAGGGGAAGUUCCUUCUUGGUUUGGGUUCUUACACCAACUUCAAUUUCUUAAUCUUAGGAAUAAUAGUUUCACCGGCUCCCUUCCCUCUUCAUUUUCUAACAUUACAAAUCUUGAAAUGUUGAAUUUGGCAUUCAAUUCCUUAGAAGGUCAUAUCCCGGUUUCUCUCUUGAAUGCCUCAAGGUUGGAGACGUUAGAAUUAUCUUAUAAUUCACUUCAAGGAAACAUUCCAAAAUGGAUCGGCAAUCUUCACAACAUGAACUGGUUGGGCAUAGAAUUUAAUCAACUUAUGGGUUCUAUACCAUUUACAAUUUUCAAUAUUUCUGGGAUCGAAUUCAUUUCAUUUAGUGGCAAUAGCUUAUCAGGAAUUCUUCCCAAUGGUUUAUGCAAUGGUCUCCCAAUUCUCAAAGGGCUUUAUCUCUACAAAAACAAGCUUCGCGGUCAUAUGCCUACAAACUUAUCAAAUUGUUCACAACUUCAACUGUUGGGGUUAUCGGAAAAUGAGUUUGAUGGACCAAUACAUAGUGAAAUAGGAAGAUUGAGUAACCUGCAGAUAUUGGAUCUCGGAACGAACCAUUUCACUGGGAUAAUUCCACAAGAAAUUGGAAAUCUUGUUAAUUUGGUAGAGUUAGCCAUGGAGGAUAAUCAUAUUACUGGCUCUGUCCCGAUCUCCAUAUUCAAUAUCUCAUCGCUGCAACUUUUGUCACUGUGGAGGAACAAUCUUAGUGGAUUCUUACCACGGGAGAUUGGCAACUUAACCAACAUGCAACAUGUUGAGAUUGGUGGAAAUAAGCUUAUAGGUGAAAUACCCAAAGAGAUACGCAAUCUCAUUGAGUUGGAGGUACUUAAUCUUGGGUUUAAUAGUUUUAGUGGUUCGCUUGAUAUGGAGAUCUUCAACAUAUCAGGGCUGAGAAUAAUUCAGCUUUCACACAAUAAUCUAUCAGGAAGCCUCCCACCAAACAUGUGUUCUAUCUUACCCAACAUUGAACAACUUUUUCUGGGCAACUUAACCAAUCUUGUUGGGACUAUUCCCCAUUCCAUCUCCAAUUGUUCAAAACAUACUAUUCUAGAGCUUUCUAACAACCAACUCACAGGCUUGAUUCCCAAUUCUCUUGGAUAUUUGACUCAUCUACAAAUCGUAAACUUGGGGGGAAACAAUUUAACCAGCGACUCAUUGUUAAGCUUUCUGACUUCCUUAAUCAAUUGCAGAAAUUUAACAUAUCUUGAUAUAUCUUUCAACCCUCUAUAUGGCAUGCUUCCAGCCUCCACAGGGAACCUUUCCACAUCUCUUAGAACAUUUUUUGCCAUCAGUUGUAAAAUCCAAGGGCGUAUUCCAGAUGAAGUUGGGAACUUAAGCAGCUUAUUAGACCUUGAUCUUUCUGGAAAUAACUUGGUCGGAUCUACUCCAACAUCAAUUGGCAACUUGAGAAAGCUUCAGCGCUUCAACUUGAGUAACAACAAACUUACAGGAUUUGUUGGUGAUCAUAUAUGUAAAUUGCAGCAUCUGGGUGAUAUUUUCUUGGAUCAAAAUAAACUUUCAGGAUCUCUUCCUAAUUGUUUAGGGAAUAUUACUUCCCUCAGGGAGAUACAUCUCGGUUCCAACAAAUUGAGUUCCAAUAUACCACCAAGCUUAGGGAACCUUCAUGAUCUAGUGGUUCUUGACUUAUCGUCAAACAACAUAGUAGGUUCUUUACCUCCAGAAAUUGGAAAUCUAAAGGCUGUGACACUGAUAGAUCUGUCAAUGAAUCAAUUUUCAAAUAGAAUUCCAAGAGAAAUUGGAGGAUUGCAGAAUCUGGCACGACUUUCUUUGAGACACAACAAGUUGCAAGGAGCUAUACCUGACUCAAUGAGCAACAUGGUAGGUUUGGAAUUCCUAGACCUUUCUCAUAACAAUAUAUCUGGAAUCAUUCCUAAGUCUUUGGAGAAACUUCAAUACUUGAAGUAUUUCAAUGUUUCUUUCAACAAAUUGUAUGGUGAAAUACCCUCGGGAGGUCCUUUCAAGAACCUCUCGAGUCAGUUUUUCAUCCACAAUGAAGCAUUGUGUACUUCUUCAAGAUUUAGUGUCCCGCCAUGCCCCACUCCAUCUAAGCACAAAUCAAAUAGGAACAAAUUGCUAGUUCUUUUUCUUUUGCUAGGACUAGCAUUUUUAUUUGUUCCUAUCACUUUUGUGUUUGUAUGGAUAGGGUAUAGAAGAGGUAAAAGAGCUCCUCAACAAACUGAUGCAUUGUCUGCCAUUACAAGAGAAAGAAUUUCAUACUAUGAAUUGCUCCAAGCAACUGAUGCGCUUAGCGAGAGUAAUUUGAUUGGUUCCGGAAGUUUUGGCUCUGUUUACAAAGGUGUUCUCAGAAGUGGAACUGCCAUUGCAGUUAAAGUGUACAACCUACAAAUUGAUGCGGCAUUCAAGAGUUUUGAUAGGGAAUGUGAAGUUCUGCACAGCCUUCGCCAUAGGAAUCUUGUAAAAGUCAUCACUAGUUGUUCCAACCUUGAUUUUAAGGCUUUAGUGCUCGAGUAUAUGCCAAAUGGAAGUCUUGAGAAGUAUUUGUAUUCGCACAACUACUUCCUCGACAUCAAGCAGAGACUAAGCAUAAUGAUAGAUGUGGCAUGUGCUUUGGAAUAUCUUCACCAUGGGUGCUCGUUGCCUGUGAUUCACUGUGACGUGAAGCCUAGUAACGUCUUGCUGGAUGAAGAUAUGGUUGCCCACCUCAGCGACUUUGGUAUUUCAAAACUGCUUGGUGAAGAUCAGGGUGAUUUGUACACUAAAACCUUAGCAACAUUGGGGUAUAUUGCGCCAGAGUAUGGACUGGAAGGACUAGUGUCAUCAAAGUGUGACGUCUAUAGUUAUGGAGUCAUGUUGCUGGAAACGUUUACUAGGAGAAAGCCUAAUGAGUUUGAAGGAGAUCUUAGCUUGAAGAAAUGGGUGAGUUAUUCACUUCCAGAUGCAGUAAUGGACGUCGUGGAUGCCAACUUGGUAACAACAACAGGUAAAGGCUUACAGAAGGAGCUAGAUGUUAUGGAAUCAAUCAUGAAAGUAGCAUUAGAUUGUUGUGUUGAAUCUCCGGCAAGAAGGACUAACAUAAAAGAUGUUGUAGGAAUGCUGCAGAAGAUCAAGAUUCAACUUCUUGCAUGCUGAGCAUGUUCUCGGAAUCUCUCGUUCCAAAUUACUUGUUUGUUGCAAAUGUUUGCUAAAUUGUUAGAUUUAUGUGAAGAUUGUUACUUUUUUUAUAUGUUUUAGUAAUUGAUUUGUGGAUGAUUCUGUUUUCAAAAAUGCUAGCUGGUUGCA